UGUGAAUCUCUUGCGCUCUCUCUGGCGCGCAUUUGAAGCCAUAUUUAUCUUUCUUACUGGCGUUUUGGUCCACCAUUGGCCAAGAUCCCGUACCGCCAGAGAGUCAGGCCAUCAGCAAAGUCUUCCCAGAUUGCGCCGUCGCAGCGCAUUCCAAUCAUAAAUCACCACAAUUCGUCUGCCUCUAUCCCCAGCGAUCCCCAGGCAAUGGAUCUCAACAUUCAGCUGUAUUGCGAUCAUUCCGGCCGUCGAUAGGAGCUGUUCACCCAGAACGUCUCUCCCUCAGCAGCUUUCGUCGAAUCUGCUCGACAUGAUGGAUAUGCUCGUCUAUCAGAAAUUGACCCUCUUACUUUCUUUCACGAGGCCAAAUCUCCAUGUUUUAGCACUUGCACCACCACCGGAUCCUUCCGCGCCACCUUGAUACGGACUGGCAAGGAACGACACAAUUUUACCAAGAACGCACGAUCGCGAAUAGACUGAUUCACAAUGCAUGGGAACAUGUCGAAGCAAGACUUUGAUUCCACCCAACUGGGCGCAAUGGCAGAUGAGCGCCUCCGUAGCGCUUUCCCGGACGAAGAUAUGACAGCUGGAGGUCGUCUGGAAAGGUUCCAUCUCAUCGAAGAAUGCAAGGAACGACCAGCUCCCAAGCCGAAGCCGCAGAAGCGGGAAACGCCUGUCACUCAGAACAGCACUCCAGAGGUUACUGACGGCACGCCUACCAAGAAAGUCAAGGGCUACAAAACUGUCGAAGACUAUCCAGAGGACAUCCCGGAUGAGGAGAUUUUCGCAGGCGACGCAGAUCGCAUUCGGUAUGGAACUCUGAUUCGACUCGCCAAGAAGUACAGCGUUGGCCAGAUCGCGAAUCAAAUCAACAGCCAUCACCCAAAGGCACUUACUGCUCAGACUGUAUCCGACAGGCUGCAGUCAGCUUACAAAUUCAUCGCUGGACGAACACAACGCACAGUAGCCGAUGUAAAGGCGGAAGUAGAAGAUGCAAGAAGGGACAAUGGAUUAGUGGCGAAUGGUCGCAAGACGAUGAGAGCCAUAUAGUAUAGAGAUGGUCUUGUGGCAAUUACUGGCUGUUGAUCCGAUGCUGUACUCCAGAAGAGCGCAUGAGUAUGUCGCUGACGUCGCCUCAGCGUGACCUCAGAUAUUAAUCUUUGUGUACAGUAACGCAUGCUCAACGCGCAGCGGCUUCGCAAUCUACGUUCAAUUGGAG